UCCCACAAGGCAGCAGGAGCAGAGAGCAGCCAUUGCUGUGUCUGGCAGCAGGAUUACACAGUAGUUUGGAAGACAUCCGGUGAGCAUGAGACACCCAGCAGCCAUCUUUGUGUGUCAGGCGGACUAAGCAUUACCCAGAGCCCCAUCACGGUGCCUCCACCUCACUCACUGAAACAGUGACCAGAAGUUCCUGAAACUCACCAACAAGAUCAUUCAGCUGCUGACUGGAGAGGAGGGGGGAGUAUAUAGAGGAACACAGGGGUCUGUACAAGGAUGUGAUGAUGGAGAAUCACCGGCCCCUCACAUCACUGGAUGGGCCCAGUAACAGAGAUACCCCAGAGAGAUGUCCCCGUCCUCUGUAUUCCCAGGAUUGUACAGAGGAGAAUCACAGGACCCCACAGGAGGAUCAGGUAGAACAUCUGUCUGAUAUUAAAACAGAAGAUAUAGAGGGAGAAGAGACGUAUGUGACUGAUAUAAAGGCAGAAGAUAUAAAGGGAGAAGAAGAGACGUAUGUGACUGAUAUGAAGGCAGAAGAUAUAGAGGGAGAAGAAGAGACGUAUGUGAAUGAUAUAAAGGCAGAAGAUAUAGAGGGAGAAGAAGAGACGUAUGUGACUGAUAUAAAGGCAGAAGAUACAGAGGGAGAAGAAGAGACGUAUGUGAGGGGUGAUCAACAGUGUAAGGAGGAGGAAAUCCCUACAGAUAUCAGCACAGCAGAUGGACACACAAGCAGGAAUAUCUCAGAAGGACAUCUUAUGUUAUCCCCGGAUUGUGACAUAAAAGAUAAUGACAGUAGACAGGAUUCUCCAGGAGAUAACCCCAUUAUCCCAAUUAUACAUCCAGCUCUAUCAGCUGGUCCUUCUGAUCCAGGGAAAUGUUCUCCUGAUCACUCUGAUAUUGGUACAUCGGUAACAGCUCUGACAGUAGACACAGUGUUUCCCUGUUCUAUAGAUGCCAUAUGUUUUACACAGAAAACAAAGCUUAUUACCCAUCAGACAGAUAAAGCAGGCAAAAGGCCAUUUCCAUGUUCUGAGUGUGGGAAAUGUUUUACAUACAAAUCAGUUCUUGUUACACAUCAGAGAAGGCACACAGGUGAGAAACCAUUUCUAUGUUCUGAGUGUGGAAAAUGUUUUUUAAGUAAAGCACAUCUAGUUUCACAUCAGGAAACUCACACAGGUGAGAAGCCAUUUCCAUGUUCUGAGUGUGUAAAAUUUUUUACACAUAAAUCAGCUCUUGUUAUACAUCAAAGAACUCACACAGGUGAGAGGCCAUUUCCAUGUUCUGAGUGUGGGAAAUGUUUUGCACAGAAAUCAAAUCUUUUUACACAUCAGAGAACUCACACAGGUGAGAAACUAAUUCCAUGUUCUGAGUGUGGGAAAUGUUUUACCCGAAAAUCAGAACUUGUUACACAUCAUCGAAGUCACACAGGUGAGAAACCAUUUCCAUGUUCUGAGUGUGGAAAAUGUUUCACAGGGAAAUCAGCUCUUGUUAGACAUCAAAGAACUCACACAGGUGAGAGUCCAUUUCUAUGUUCUGAGUGUCAGAAAUGUUUUGCACAGAAAUCAGAUCUUGUUGCACAUCAAAGAAGUCACACAGGUGAGAGGCCAUUUCCAUGCUCUGAGUGUGGGAAAUGUUUUAUACAGAAAUCAAAUCUUUUUACACAUCAGAGAACUCAUACAGGUGAGAAACCAUUUCCAUGCUCUGAGUGUGGGAAAUGUUUUACCCGAAAAUCAAAACUUGUUAUACAUCAUCGAAGUCACACAGGUGAGAAACCAUUUCCAUGUUCUGAGUGUGGAGAAUGUUUCACAGGGAAAUCAGCUCUUGUUAGACAUCAAAGAACUCACACAUGUGAGAAACCAUUUCCAUGUUCUGAGUGUGAGAAGUAAGUCAGCUUUGUUUCACACAAUAGACAUCACACAAGUGAGGAACCUUUUUAAUCUCAUCAUCACAAUUGCCAUGCAUUGUUUCUCAAGUUCCUGUCCUAUCUCCUUUGCUUUUUGCAAUAUGCAUGCUGCUACUGGGUGAAACAAUCAUAUCAUCCCUGGUCUACCACUGCUAUGCAAGUAACCUGUCUUUCAAUAACAUCCUAGUGGAUACUGGGGUGGUAUUCGUACCAUGGGGUAUAUAUCGAGUCCAUUAGUGUGUGCUGGCUCCUCCCCUCUAUGCCCCUUCAAGCAGACUCAGUUUAGAAAAAUGUGCCCAAGGAGCCGGGUGCAUUCUCUGGAGCUCCAGAGAGUUUUCAUCAAAAUUUAUGUUAGUUUAUUAUUUUCAGGCAGCGCUGGUUGGCACCAGUCUGCCUGCAUUGUGACACUUAGGGUGGGAACCGAACCAACUUAAUAAAGAGUUAAUGGUUCAUAUCCCCGCUGACAGGACACUCGGGUGUGAGCCCACGCCAGUAGCAUGCCGCCACCCCUAACAUGCCGAAGUAGAUGCAUUGAGUAAUACGCAGGGGUCCCAGUAAGCAGGUCCCUGGUGCAAAUGGCGUCAAAAGGGUGCGGCAGUCACAGGCCUCGAGCUGCGGUGCCUGCUGUGGACCCCACACUGGCACACUGAACAUAGGGUUACUCUCUUUAUAUACACAUGUAUUACAAGGUGGUUUUACUAUUUAUGUCAGUAUAAUCUGCUAGGGUCCGCAUGCCAUGUAAGGGGCGGGGCUUCCCAGAGAGCGGGUCCAGAGACUGGAAAGGUGCCAUUUCCUGCUGCUGGUUACAGACUGCACGCUCAAUCUGCUCCUCCACAGAGGCCACUGCACCACGUUUUGUACUGGUACCAGAGGGUCUGAUAGAAAGGGGGGGAGCGCAUAUAUAGUGGUUACACCGCUGGACACAUAACAUGUGUAAAAUAUACCCAGUGUAGUCCUGCCCUGAGCUGAGGUAUUGUGUGCUGGUCCCAGUCCUCUCUGUGUUCCUCCAAUCAGGGUUGUCUGGGUUACUGUGCUGUUCUCUAUUGUGUGUCACUGCACUGUGAUAUAAAUAUCUGUGUUUUCUGCUGAAAGCUUGUCCGAGAAAAAAUCUUUGUGUCCUUCUUGCAACACCAAGUUUACACCCUCUUCCCAGGGGUCCCUGCUCUGUACCCAGUGUUCUCUACCUUCACAGGGUAGUGCUUUGCAGGAACCUGCAUGGUUGGACUCAUUCAAAACAAUGAUUACAGAUAUAAAGUCACCUGCUGCAAAGCAGGAGAGACAAACCCUGAAACAGUCUGUAGAAGAGUUCAUUAUUAAGACUGCUGCUCACAGACAGCCAACUCAGCCCCCUCUGGUGGUCUCUCAUAAACGUACACUCCCACAGGUGCUCCAGUCUGACACUGAACUACCAGAGGAUGUGGAGCUGGAGGGGGAAGAUGACAACACACUGUCCCCGGAAUAGGCAGGUGUGAAUUACGGUAAUUGAAUCAUCUUGGUACAUUUGGUAUAUAGGGUAUGUUCCCAGAGAAGUGUGUGUGGAUGGCAGUGGCAACAGGGUGAUCUGUGCUGGGAUGCCGGAGUCUUUGACGGUCACUAGAUGACCGAGGACGACUAACGUAUAAGUUUGACUUUCAAUCAUAUAUUUCUAAGUGCUGCAUUGAUGUUGAAAAUCUCUUGGAUUGGAGAGAAACAUUUGCUUUUUUGGCUGGAAUAUUUAUUGAUAUAUAAGCAUUUU